AUGUUGCUGAUACAUGCAAGUCACACUGAACUCAAUAAUGAAGGAGCAGACCGCCCCACUAAGAGGAAAAGGAAAGAAGGGAAUCACGUCGAGGUACAACUCCCUGAUUCCUUGCCCGCCUAUGAACGAGGAGUGGAGGAAUCCUCUCGCUUCGGAGAAAGCAGAGUCACGGCAUACGUGCGAGCACUUGAAGGUGUGAACCGACGUAUUAGCGGUGUUACACCAGAAGAGGACCCUAUCACCCGACGGACAGACCUCACCGGAUACACAGGAGAUUCAGAUGAUGAAUCGGGCAAUGAGUCCAGUGAUAGCCAGUUGGAAGACUUCCUCAACUUCGACAAAAACUAUGCUCCCCCACCUACCGAUCACGUUGAGUCAAAUGACAAGCGAGAGGAGCAGGAGAACUUGAACCAAUACAACUGGAACAAGGUGCAAAGUGCCUAUUGUAAGGCCCUCGAGCAAAUCAUUCGACGGAACCCCACCGUUAGCGGGUUAGCCCUGGUUGCAGGACAGGUCAAACACGCCAAUCACUUGUUUGGAGUAGGCGAACUAUGGGCACCUGUCAUUCUUGUUUGUAGUGAGAAUACUGUGCUCGCUGGACUCACUGCACAACACUAUGUUGAUGAACUCAAGCGUGCUGACAUGCGCCACCCUCCGAAAAUGCUGCCCAACACGCCAGUGUACAAGGCUGCCCCGCAAGGAUAUCCCAUGACACCUAUGGAGGUGGAUGCAUUAGUGGCUGUUGCUUGCAACAGGACAGGACACAAACACCCUCGCGCAGAGGCACAUGUCCUCCUCCAAUCCUUUCAUGCGGCCGCUACUCGUAUCGACCGAUCACAGCGUGAUGAUGCCAUGCAUUGUAUACUCGACUCCACGGUGUUUGAACCAACGUACUUCCCCGAGUUCAUGGAAAAUGCCCAUAGUUAUAUCAUACCGCCGAUGGUACCACCGACUCAACACACCCGCUCGUCCAACCAAAACUCCAGCUCGGGUUAUGGGCUAGCCAUGCCCACCAACCCAUUCGACAUCAUAGCUCGAUGCCAGUAUGUCAUAGCACACCAAAUGAUAGGUACACCAAACGCUAUCAAAGGCGUCAUCAUUGACUUUGCGGGUCGGGUAUAUUUACCAACCAUGUUUGCGUACCUACUAGCUAAACUCCUCAGCCCGGUGGCUAAGCAGGCCUCCAAGAUGUGGAUUGCCCUCUUUGCGCAUAUUCACCCUACAGCACCCUUCGUCGAGAGCAUAGUCCCCACAUACAUCUUCCACUCUUUGGAAUUGACCGAUUCGACCUAUCGGAAUGCGACUGAGGACAAUGUUGUUAACGACCUCAUUCGCAACGGGAUACCCGUGGCCUGGGUGGAUCAUGCAUACACAUUCGGGCUCAGGGUGCUCAACCAGACGGUAACCAACUUUGGAUGA